CUCAGAGCAGGCACUUCAGGCUGAAUAAUCUCCAAUUCCUACCUCCCCUGUCACUGCGGGCCAGAUCAGAUUUCACUUCCUUCAUAUUCUCCAAUCCUCAUGUGCUCGAUCUGUUUAAAAGAAGAAGUGGAGAAGAGAAAUCCUCAUUUUCAAGUCUGGAGGGGGAAGACAAAAUACCCUCAAGCCCGCUGGGAACAACAAUCUUCCCAAGAAAUUUCCUCAGAGAUUUUACUUAGGUGAUUUGUAAAAUGAGGAAAGAACUCAUGUUUUGGGCUUCCGUAUGUCUGCUGCUCAGUCUCCUCCCUGCUGCUCUAAAUAUGGACCCCGAGGAAGAAGAAGAAGAAGAAGAAGAUUAUAUGGAUACUACAGAGAGUAUCAAUUGGGAGUCAAAGAAACCUGUGUUUACCUUUUGUGCGAUGAGGGCCCAAGAUGGGCCGUGCAAAGCGAUGAUAAAGAGAUUCUUCUACAAUAUGUUCACUGGCCAGUGUGAAGAGUUCAUAUACGGAGGGUGCGACGGAAACCAGAACCAAUUUCUAACCAUGCAGGAGUGCAAAGAGACCUGCAUAAGAGAAUAUACACCACUGAAGAAGUCGACAUUGGAAAAAGGAAAACCAGAUUUAUGCUUUUUGGAAGAUGAUGUUGGAAUCUGUCGAGCUUAUAUUACCAGAUAUUUUUACAACAACCAAACCAGACAGUGUGAAACUUUCGUAUAUGGUGGGUGCCUGGGCAACAUGAACAACUUUGAAACACUGGAUGAGUGCAAGAACACCUGUGAUAGGUCAGAGAAUGAUCUCCAGGUGGAUCAUUAUAUAACCACACCUAUUCCACUUGUCACUGUAAACACUAAGUUUGUGACUUCCCACUCUACCAAAGAUCCCAGGAUUUGGGAAUUCCAGGGACCUUCAUGGUGUCUCACCCCAGCAGACAGAGGAAUGUGUCGAGCGAAUGAAACGAGAUUCUUCUACAACUCAGCCAUCCGAAGGUGCCGUCCAUUUAGCUACAGUGGAUGCGGAGGAAAUGAAAACAAUUUUGCUUCUAAAAGAGCAUGUGUGAGAGCAUGCCAAAAAGGUUUCAUCAAAAGAAAGUCAAAAGAGGGACUAAUCAAAACCAGGAGGAAAAGAAGGAAGCAGAAGGUGAAAAUAGUGUAUGAGCGUAUUGUUAAAAAGCCAUAAAUCUGUUCCACUAUUAGAAUAUUACGUCUAAUAAAUAUUUUACGGGAAGUGUUUCACUGUAACUUUUGCUUUUCCCUUGCUCGAACACCUUUAAUGACCACGUUUCAUGAUGGAUGACUAAGGUUUUGUUAUUCCCAGGUACUUGCUAGUAAUACUUGUGCUUCGGAGAUCCUUUCCUAAUAAGGUCCAAUCACUUAUUCUAGGUGUAACUUAAUAACUGCAUACUAAAUGCAUUUUUCUCUUGAUUCUUAACCAUUGGCUUUUUAAUACAAAUUGUCAUGCUCCUAGCCAUACAAAAUCACAUUUUCUCCAUCUGGUGAACACUUAUUUGAGAAUAUGUUGCCACUUCUUUGCAACCAUCAGGCACCUAGUAACAUCCUCUGCAGUCUAUGACUAGGUUAAGAAAAGCGGCUACUAACAGACAAGCAUCUAAAACGAUGACAAACACCUGCUUCUGAGGAUGAUCACCCAGUUUAUCAUGGAGAGAAAACAGGAUACAAUACAAUUGUCUUACGUGCUUUCCUCCCUAGGUAUAUUUCUGAUAUUGUACUGAGCAAUACCUCUGUGAAUACUGAGCCAAACUCUCUUUGAACAAAGCAUAGUCCACUCUGCAGUAUGUGCCUGCCUUAUCCUGAUCGGCUUAACUUUGAGAGGGGACUGAUUGUGACCCCAUAUGUCAAUCCAGAGGGGUAACAAUAAUGUUAAAUACAGGUCAUGAUGAGAAACAUGGAAACACAUCAUUUAAAGGAAAUUCAUUAUAUGUCCUUCCUAAGUUUACUUUUCAUAAAAUCUUCUCUAACCAGACGUUAGAGAAGGAAUAUUAGAGAAGGAAUAUUAAAACCUUCUGAUUCUUCAUCUGUCAUUAGGUUUUGCACAAGACAUAACCUGUAAUUAAUGCUCAAAAAGCACAGUCCUGUAGAGAUAUUAUCCAGAUGGAAGAUUCUAUUCGAAAAUUUGUGUCCUAUUCACUCAGAGUUCACUAACAUUUAUCUAGCGUUAAUUCCUGUAGCUGUCCGCCUCCCAGAGCAUAUGCAGUCUCUCAACUCAGCAGCCUGCUGGUCAUGGGGUUUACUUCACAUUCAGUUCUUAUGUAAAUCCGAGCUGACAUUCAGAGGAGAAAAGAAUGACCACCUCACCAUUUGGCUUAGCGUCUCAAUUGCUCUCUAGCAGCAAUAUUGUAAUUCAGCCUGAAAUGUUUGGACUCAGUUUUGAUGUUCCAUUGUUUUUAGAUACCAUGCCCAUUAAAUCAGUCUCCAAAUCCUCUUGUUUCUUUUUUGUAUGAAUUGUCCAAUCCCCAGGCUUUUUACUCUGUGCUGUGUCAUAGUGCAUCAGUAUGGAGUUAAUUCCUCAUAAAUAUAUUUCUCCACUCCUCCAGAUCUUCCAAGAACUUACUAGUUUGUACCAACUCCAAAUUCCUACCCCACAACCUCUUAAUUAAUUAAUUAUUUAAUAUAUCUUUGAUUACUCAGUUUAUUUACCCAUGGCGAUUUUCUCUUCAAACAUCUGACACCUUCUACACCUUUCAUCUGAAGCCAGAGUCCUUCUGACACUGGUUUCAAGAUGACUAUGAAAAGUUCUAAUGUGCAACUAUAAAUUAUUUUCAUCCUGUGGUGCAAUAAUUAUUUCACAAGAAAAAUAGCAUCGAUCUGUUUAGGUUAAGGAAAAUUUUAUUUCAAAUGUCCAGAACAUAAAUAAUUGUCUUAUACUAGGUCUUUCUAUUGAAUUUGAAACUCCUACAAAUCAAAACUCGUUGUGAAAUAUGCUUUGCUAACUUUUCUUCAUGGCUAGUGGUGUUAAUUAAGAGAAAUGUGUCCUUCCAUGUCACAAAGUUGCCGCAAAGGACACAUAGCACAAUCAUGAGUUAGCUGAUUUUCUCCAAAAAAUAAACAUUUGCUGGUUCAUUAAUUAGUCAAUGAACAGAUGUACAGAGAUGUCCAGUGUUUCCUGCAGGUCAAUAUCAUUUUACUGUGUUUUAAAUAAGAAUUCUUUGAUGGUGUUGUCUUCCUGUAUUUUGCACAAUCAGAUGCACCUAACUGUGAAUUUUAUACAGAAUUUCACUAUACACAUGUAUUUAUGUACUUUGUGAUCGGUAUUCAAAAUUGAUGGGUUAUACUGAAAAUUGUUCAAAUGAUUUUAUUUUUUACAUUGUAAUAAGUAAAAUUUCUUAUCCUGAGUAAUAAAGUUGAUUUGUACUCUUGAA